AUGGUGAUCAAAGCCGUCGUGUUCGAUUUUGGUGGCGUAAUCAUGAGCUAUUCGCAGCUCCCCAAACUUUUCAUGAAAAUCGCCGAUGAUUUGGGGGUGGACCAUCAGACGUUUUUGAGCAGGAAGGACAAGAUCUUCCAAUUCUUCGUCGGCGACCGUCGGCUAAUGACGGGAAAAAUUACGGCAGAGGAGUUCGAAGAAGCCGAAUUCCUAGAUUCGCUCAAUCAUGCGUUCGGGACAAACCACAAAGAACCGAUCAGAUGGAUGCAUCACUUCUGUGACCCGAACAUGUUCUCCUAUCACAAGCCAAUCCUGAACUUUAUCGAUGUGCUCCGGGCAAACGGCUUCAAGACGGGGCUGUUGACGAACAAUUUCUAUAUUGACAAG